AUGGUUACCACUGCAUUUGUCAGUGGAACAGGUGAUCGGGACUGUCCAUGGGCAAGGGCAUCUGGGGGAGGGGUCCUGCGUGACCACUGUGGGAAGGUGUGUUUCGCCUAUUAUAAGGAGUUCGGAGAGUUAGAUGUGUUGGAAGCGGAGGCGCAAUCACUCCUGCACGGUCUCCAGUUAUGUGCAGAUCGCGAGGUGGGGACGUUGACGGUAGAGUCAGACUCAAAGGCGCUUGUUCAACUAGUUUGCUCGGAUAUGGGGUCAAAGUGGCCGGUGUGUAUCGUACUACGGGAAAUCAGGCAUUUGGUCCAGCGGAUGGGUGCAUCCCUUCACCAUGUCUUUCUUGAGGCCAAUUCGGUGGCGGAUGCAUUGGCUUCUCUGCAAUUGGGAGGGCAGCGCAUCUACGUCUCAGACGCGGCCCUGCCUCUCAGGGUCAGAGGAGAGGCUCUUCUGGAUCGUCACGGAGUACCUCGGCUUCGUGAGGUCCUCAUUUAG